UAGACAGGAUAUAAGUCAUUAAAGAGUUUAGAGAGAGGAAGUCAUAGAAUACAUUGAGAUGGAACACACCUGUCUUCUACUCUUGCUGUUCAGUACACUGGUAUACUCCGGCCUCUGUCAUAAUGGAGUAUCUCUGAGUGUCCGUCCCAACAGAUCUCAGUUCUUUGAAUAUGAGUCUUUAAUUGUGAGCUGUGAGGUUCAAGGGAGCUCUGCUGGAUGGACACUGAAGAGAUACACAUCGACUGGGAAGCUUUCAGCUUGUGGAACCGACUGGGGAAAACAACAAGGUUUUUCAUGCAUCGUGUCACUAAUACUAUCAGACAGUGGGGUGUACUGGUGUGAGUCUGGGUCUGGAGAACACAGCACUACUGUCAACAUCACAGUACACGCUGGGGCUGUGAUCCUGGAAAGCCCUGCCCUUCCUGUGACUGAGGGACAUUCUGUGACUCUGCGCUGCCGAUACAGAAAGGACAAGGAAAUUAAUGUAACACACUCAAACCUCACAGCCGAUUUCUACAAAGAUGGAUCCCUCAUCAGGACUGAGACUACAGGAGAGAUGACUAUCCCUGCAGUAUCCAAGUCAGAUGAAGGACUCUACAAGUGUUCCAACUCUGAAGGAGAAUCACUGGAGAGGCUGAUGACUCUGACAGUUCUCUCUCCUCCAGACUCUCUGAGUGUCCGUCCCAACAGAUCUCAGUUCUUUGAAUAUGAGUCUUUAAUUGUGAGCUGUGAGGUUCAAGGGAGCUCUGCUGGAUGGACACUGAAGAGAUACACAUCGACUGGGAAGCUUUCAGCUUGUGGAACCGACUGGGGAAAACAACAAGGUUUUUCAUGCAUCGUGUCACUAAUACUAUCAGACAGUGGGGUGUACUGGUGUGAGUCUGGGUCUGGAGAACACAGCACUACUGUCAACAUCACAGUACACGCUGGAGCUGUGAUCCUGGAGAGCCCUGCCCUUCCUGUGACUGUGGGAGAUUCUGUGACUCUGCGCUGCAGAUAUCAGGGAACUCCCUCUGACCUCACAGCCGAUUUCUACAAAGAUGGAUCCCUCGUCAGGACCGAGACUACGGGAGAGAUGACCAUCCCUGCAGUAUCCAGGUCAGACGAAGGACUCUACAAGUGUUCCAACUCCGAAGGAGAUUCACCGGAGAGACGGAUGACUCUGACAGACCCCACUACAGUGCCAGUGUUGUCCAUGUCUCUGCCCAGGCUGCUGAGUAGUCUACUGGUGGUUUGUCCCUACCUGCUGGUGACCGUCAUACUGCUGGUGAAAUGCAACAGACGUAGGGCUCAAGGUGAGCGUUUUGAAGAACAGUGAGGCUGAGAAACACCUGAUCACCAUGACAACAGAAUGGAACACACAACAUUCUAAUUCUGGACCUGUUGUUUACACCCAAAACAUUUCUUCUUCUCCUGGCCCAUAAUAGUGGCAUUUAAAAAUAUAUAUAUAUAUGAUUUUUCUUAUUUUAAGGUGUUUCAAUAUAUGUUGUGUUGUAUAAUUCAUUCAGCAGCAGUCCUUUUAAAUGGGUAAUCUGCAGAUCAAAAAUACAAAACACCCAGCCACUGUUUUGGUAAACAGCUGUGUAACCUAUACAACGACGUGUGUUUUUGUUCCUGACAUUGAUAUGACUACGACUAUCUGAGAAUAUAACUGAUUGAUUUGAAUUUACAAGUAAUAUAUUGCCUCGUGUUUUUUUAUUUUUCAAUUUAACAUCUAGAUACUAUCUGACAUUUUGUAACAUAAAUGAAUUUCCUCAUUCCUGUAUGAAUAAACAUCAAAACCAC